GGUUCCCUCUGCAGCUGUCAGCCUGAUUCUUACAAGCCUUGCUGUCCUCCACACAUCCGUCAGCUGGGGAUCAGAAGUGCAGCCAUAUCUCUGUGCUCUUACAGUAUUUUCCAUCUCUGAUUAAAGAGCUCUUUGUCUCCAGAACUUGUGUGGAUCGAUACUUGUGGGUUGCCUGGGUGUUUUCCCUUUGACUUGGGAUCAGUGCUGUACUUUUGGAAAGCCAUGAUUAGGGGUUUUCUCUGGUUAUGGAGGAGCAGGAACUACGUCAUCAUCUUUCUCACCCCGCUCCUCAUCCUGCCUCUGCCUCUGGUUAUCCCUACGAGUGAGGCGCGCUGUGGCUAUGUCAUCAUCCUCAUGGCUCUGUACUGGUGUACAGAGUGCAUACCCCUGGCUAUAACUGCUCUCCUGCCCGUCAUUCUCUUCCCUAUGAUGGGCAUCAUGACGUCUGGAGCGGUGUGUGUUCAGUAUCUGACGGAUUCCAACAUGUUGUUCAUUGGGGGUCUUCUGGUGGCGAUUGCCGUCGAGAACUGGAACCUUCACAAACGCAUCGCCCUCCGAGUGCUGCUCCUGGUGGGGGUGCGGCCCGCACUGUUGAUGCUGGGCUUCAUGGGGGUGACGGCCUUCCUGUCCAUGUGGAUCAGCAACACGGCCACCACGGCCAUGAUGCUGCCCAUCGCCCAGGCGGUGCUGGAGCAGCUGUGUUCUACCGAGGCCAGGGCCGACGAGAGGGAGCUGAGGACCGGCAAGGACAACCAGGCCUUGGAGCUGGAGACCAAGAUGUCCAAGGAGGACAUCGUCAAGACGCAAUUGGAUGACAUGACUGUGACCAGGGAUGAGGAGAGGGAUGUGGACUCCAUCCUGGAGGUGAGGAAGAAGGCCCGGGAUCUCAAGUACCUCCUCCUGACCAAAGGGAUGAGUCUCAGUGUGUGUUACUCAGCUAGCAUAGGAGGCACGGCCACCCUCACCGGCACCACCCCCAACCUCAUCCUGAAGGGACAAGUGGACAAGCUCUUCCCUGCAAACAAUGAUGUGGUCAACUUCGCCAGCUGGUUCGGCUUUGCCUUCCCCAACAUGGUGAUCAUGCUGACCCUAUCCUGGCUCUGGCUGCAGUUCAUGUACAUGGGCCUCAACAUGAAGAAGUCAUUUGGCUGUGGCACUAAGAACGAGGGAGAUAAGGAGGCGUACGAGGUGAUGAAGGAGGAGUACAGGAAGCUGGGGAGAAUGUCCUUUGCCGAGGGGGGAGUCCUGACCAUCUUCGUCUUGCUGGUUGUGCUGUGGUUCACCAGAGAACCAGGCUUCAUGCCAGGCUGGGCCACAAACCUGUUCAACAAAGAUGCACAGUAUGUGACAGACGGGACGGUGGCCAUCUUCAUGUCAACCCUCUUCUUCGUCAUCCCGUCACGUCUGCCCCGGUUUGCCUGCUGUAGGGGAUCCCAGGGUGUGGAGGUGGAAGAGGGAGGGGAGCCAGCUGUGAAGAUGGAGGUCCCCCCUAUGCUGCUGAACUGGAAGGUGGUCCACGAGCGCAUGCCCUGGAACAUCAUCCUGCUGCUUGGAGGGGGCUUCGCUCUGGCCGCUGGCAGUGAGGAGUCUGGUCUGUCCAUGUGGCUGGGGGAUAGUUUGUCUCCCCUGCAGAGUAUCCCUCCCUUCGCCAUCUCUCUGCUGCUGUGCCUCCUGGUGGGGACCUUCACCGAGUGCUCCAGCAACACCGCUACUACCACACUGUUCCUACCCAUCCUGGCCUCCAUGGCCACAGCAAUCAAGCUGCACCCCCUGUAUGUGAUGAUCCCCUGCACCAUCUCUGCCUCUCUGGCCUUCAUGCUGCCUGUGGCCACCCCACCCAACGCUAUCGCCUUCUCUUACGGAAACCUCAAAGUUGUCGAUAUGGUAAAGGCAGGUUUCAUACUGAACAUCAUUGGGAUUCUGUCUGUAAACCUCGGUAUCAAUACCUGGGGAUCGGCUAUGUUCCAGCUGAACACCUUCCCUGAAUGGGCCAACAUCACCCAAGGAGGACCCUGAGGGAUAGGGAGAGAGAGGUCGAGUGAGAGAAGAGAGAAAUGAAGAGAGAGAGUGAGCAAGAGAGAGAAACAGAGAGAGAGCGAGAGAGAAAGGUAAGAAAAAAAGAGAAAGAGAAGGCACAGCUUAUGAAGAAAGGAAAAUAGAACGAGUGAUCAGUUAUAGGACAGGGUCACAGCAUAAGGUGUAAACAUGAACAUUUGGUUCAUGUUCAAAAUAUGAACAAAAUGUCAAAUCACAUGGGCCACAACUGGCCCUAGAUUUAAUACCUACAUAUGGAUCUCCUUAGGUGUAAGUAUUCAGACUAUAGAGGAGGUCCAUGUUUAACAAAUCACAUGUUGUGAUUUAUUAAUUUAUGCUUCAGUUUGAAGUUGUAAAUACAUGUAUAUGUCUCUGUCCCACUGUUCAUUACAAUUGCUUGAUUCAUAAUUCUGAUUCAUAACAUAUCACUGUAUUAUACAUAUUUGUAAAUGAAGGGAUCAAUGAUAUUUUAUUAUCAUCGUUUUUGUUUUGUUGGGUUAGGAACAUACAAUACAUUGCAUCUCAGGGUAAAGAACAGUAACAAUUCCUAUAUGGGUGUGUUACUGUUAUAAAUAGUAUUUUGGGACUUAACACUGUCAAAAUCCCAGGAUCCCAGAUGACACUGCAUAAGAAACAUGAUCAGAUGGAACCCAUGUUUAGCCAUUCACAGGUGUAGAAUAUUGUAAGCAUUGUUGUUUGUUUGUACUCUGGAAAUAAAAUACCUGUAUGUUU